AUGACCGACGCUUACCGUCAGCCAGAGGCCAAGACCUUCUCCGAUGCUCUUCAGCAAAAGGUCGAUGCACUGGUCAAAGACUUUCGCAAGGCCGAUGUCGAACUCAUCAAGCACGAGCUCAAGCUCAACGCUCCUCUCUACAAGAAGCGUGCCGACAUUGUCUCUUCCGUCAAGGACUUCUGGUUCCAGGCUUUGAUCAACUGCACGGCUACCAACGUCUACAUUGACGAUGCUGAUCACGAGGCCCUCUCCUACCUCUCGAGCGUCGAAGUGGACCGUGACAUGCAAGACCCUCGUGCAGCUACGAUCACUUUCAGCUUCCGAGAGAACCCUUUCUUCUCCAACGACAAGCUGGUCAAGAAGUUCUCGCUCGUUGAGGGCGCAAAUUCGCUCGAGGAUGGAUUCAACUUUUUGGAAGAGACCAAGCCAGAAAAGACCCAGAUCGAUUGGAAGUCGGAGGAGAAGAACCUUUGCAAGCUCAAGCCCACCAUCGGUGGUCCGGACAGCGACGACUUCGAACCUGGUUCCUUCUUCUCGACCUUUUUCGAGAACGAGGACCGGGAGGUGGCUGGUGGAAUUGGUCACACCCUCAUCAUGGACUUCUGGCCUGGAGCGAUUGACUUUUACACCGGUGAUGAUGACCUCGACUUUGACGACGAGGAUGACUUUGACAGCGAAGACGAGGAUGAUGAGGAUGAUGACGAGGCCGAGAUUGAUUUGGAGGAUGACCAACAGCCUCCUAAGAAGAAGUCCAAGGGUGACGCAUAA